CAUGGCACGCUGGGGAAAUUAAUUUUCCAGGGGACACUCUUUAUGUCACAUGAUUCAUUCAUCUCAGAAUCUGGUGGGUGUUCAUGUCAUAAUCCCACCCCAUAUUUUUUUCCCAGCCCAGCAAGAGCCCAGUUAAAGAUGCAUGCAGUCCUGGUCAGCCUAUGCAAGAUCUUCUCGGAAGAAGCAGUUCAUUUCCCUUGCAGAGCUGGGUUGCAAUUGAGGAAACAGUUGCAGCAUCUGCAGUCUAUGCUCUGACUGCAUCAGUCUAAGGCAGAAGAGGGAGUAAUCACCCUGAUCAGAUUUGAGCACAUUUUCAUUCAAAGCAAGACAGAGCCUAUUAAGGCAAGUAUUCAUCAUGGCUGAGGACCAUCUGGAAGUGGUCACUGAGUAUCUCUAUGAAGAGCAGGCCAUAAUGUGCGAGAAAACAGACAUCCAGGCAUUUGGCAAAGUCUUUCUGCCAAUACUGUAUGCCCUUGUGUUCACCGUAGGGCUAGUUGGAAACGGCCUGGUGGUUUUGACCAUCGUGCAAGGUGGGCGUCAAAAGAGUGUCACUGACAUAUUUCUCCUGAACUUGGCCAUUUGUGAUCUCCUUUUUGUCAUUUCUCUUCCCUUUUGGGCUUCUUACAUCGUAAAAGGUUGGACACUCGGGAACAUUCCGUGUCGGAUCGUUUCCUCUUUCUAUUCCGUGGGCUUGUACGGUGGGAUGUUUUUCAUCACUGUCAUAAGCAUCGAUCGAUACUUUGCUAUUGUCCGGGCAACUUGCAUCAUGAAAGCCAGAACAAUCCGACAUGGAUCUCUCACUAGCCUUGCAGUCUGGACCCUGGCCAUUUUGUUUGCAGCUCCCCAUUUCGUGUUCAUCCGAAAUAUAGGUAGAGAAUGCACUUCUCUGUAUCCAGAACACCUUGAGGAAAUCUGGCCCAUUUUCACUUACAUAGAAUAUAACGUCAUUGGUUUCCUUGUCCCACUGUGCAUCAUGAGUUUCUGCUACCUGAUGAUCGUCAAAACAUUGAUGUCCUGCAAAAAUCACCGGAAAAGAAGAGCCAUGAAGCUGAUUUUAUUAGUGGUUGUUGUGUUCUUCCUGUUCUGGACUCCAUACCACAUAUCACUUUUUCUGCAGAUAUUGAAGCUCUCCGAUUUCUUUCAGAGCUGCACCUCAAGGAGGCUUUUAGAUUACACCAUGCAAAUCACCGAAUCGCUGGCUUUCAGCCACUGCUGCCUUAAUCCCAUCAUCUAUGCUUUUGCCGGUGAAAAAUUCAGAAAGAAGCUUUCUCGCUUGGCUCUCAAAUGUGUCUCGUUCUUUUUUUUCUGUGUGCCUUGCGAUAGAGCUCCCGUUCCUGUUCCAGAGGUCACCAUAACCAGCAACCAUACACAGAACACCAGUGACCAAGAUGGCUCCAUCCUUCUGUGAUUGCUCCCUAGAGGACAGCCCUGAAGAAUAUUUUGUAUACUGAAUGCUAGCCUACAAUUUGACCUAGAUGUGAGUGAGCGAAUAGGGUUGGGUCCAAAGAUCCAUCCAUGGGUAAAACAUCAUGGGCUUCCCCUGCGAAGGAAGCAAAAAGUACCUCUGUCCAAUUUUCUGCUCUCUCCCCCUACUGCUCCUUGCCAGAGGCUCUAGAUCUCUGGGAACCAUUCAUUGCAAGUUGAGGGGGGCCUGAGAGGGGGGGAAAGGGAGCAGGAAAUGUCACUUCUAGCUGCCCCCUUUUAGGGACAGAUCUCUGGAUUCAUUUGUAUACAUCCCAUAGGUUUCAAUAUUCAUGUUCUGCCACUAAGAAUCAGAAAUGUAUAUAUAUAUAUUUGAGGACUGGAUAGGAUUGUGGAAAGUGAAUUUGAAAUUUACCAAUUGUAUAUUGUUGAAGGAGAAUUACAUGAAAAUGAUGUACAGAUGGUAUAUCACGCCAGUAAAAUUGGCAAAAAUGUAUAAAACAGAACAAAAGAACUGUUGGAGAUGUAAAGUAGGGGAAGGUACAUUUUAUCAUAUGUGGUGGGAGUGCAAGAUUAUCAAAAUAUUUUAGGAAAUGAUAUACAACAAACUGAAAAGAAUGUUUAAAAUAACAUAUGUUAAAAAACCAGAAGCCUUUUUGUUAGGUAUUUUAGGACAAGAGCUGCCGAAAGAAAAACGGACAUUAUUUAUGCAUGCUACAACAGCAGCAAGAACUCUAAUAGCACAAAAUUGGAAGACUGGAGAAGUACCAUCUAAAGAACAAUGGCAAGAAAAAUUGAUGAACUAUGCAGAGUUAGCAAAGUUAACGGACAAGCUGCGAGAAAAGGACAGCAGGGACUUUGAAAAAGAAUGGGAACCUAUUACAAUAUAUUUGCAGAAACACCAAA